AUGCAUAUGGUCACCCAGAACUUGGCAGAGCUCUGUACUCUGCUGGUCGACAAUAUCUUCGGUGAGCUGCCUUCGCGCAUAUUUGCUGCCCUCUUAAAUAAGGGCCGUUCCUCGAUCCCGCAACUCGUCCAGUAUACCUCUUUGAACCCCCGCCAACUUCGACAUGGCCUCGUCGUCCUCCUGCAGAACAAUCUCCUGUACUAUCAGAUCGAGUCUGGCCAUGCGAUUUACACCGCGAACUCCGAUGCUGCCUACGCCCUCAUUCGCACCGGGAAGAUACUGGACAUGACAGGCUCUGUGUACGGCGAUGCAGCCAAAGAGGUUAUGCAGAACCUGCUGUCUAUGGGUCAUACCAAAGCCGCUCGUCUAGCGACAGCAGUCAAUGGUGGCAUGCCGACGGAUACGAACGGCGACACGCAACACAAUGAGAACACACACGAAGGUACGAACCACGGCACCAGGGCUGGCUCUCACGUCCAGUCCCUUGAAGAGCUCGACGAAGUGCUAUGCCGUAUGAUACAGGCCGAGCUGGUGUCGGCGGUUACCGAGAACUCAUUUCGCAGCUGGGAGGACACCCGGAAGGCCAUCGAGGAUGAGGUGCGCACCACCUACUUCCCCGGCGGGGUGCGCGGCGCCAAGGGAAAGGAGGAGUUUACAGGAAAAUUGUCCAAAAGGCUCCGUGAAGUGCGCGAUGACCCCUUCAACGUCAAGCGCAAGCUACACACCAAGAUGCAGAUGAACAAGCGGAGGAAGCUGUCGGAGUGGAGCUCUGUCAACGCAGGUCAUGAUGUCGAAGAAGGCGACUUGAUUGUCGAUGGCGACAUUGUCCUUCGCGUGAACUACGAGAAGUGCGACGUGGAGCUCCGAAAUCAGCAGCUCGUCCACUUCGUAUCAGAAUUGUACGGUGAAACUACCGCCGGUGUGUAUGCGACCCUACUGCAGCAGCUGAGCAAGAAGAUAUCGCGGUGUCGGCUCGACCAGGACAUCGAAGCCGAUGACGACGCGUUUGGGAUCGAUGCUAGGAUAUCCACCAACGAGGUCUUUGAGAAGCUCGAUCCUUCCCUGGAUGUAUCCUCAGGCAUUGGCAAGGUCAGCGCCAGCAUGACGGAUCGGAAGAGUGCCAACCGCAUCCAGGAUCAGCCUCUAGGAGUCAAGGUGCUUUAUGAGGAGGCUGAGGUGGCGGGUGAGGCGAGCUCGGACGAAGAGGAUGUUGAAGAAGCAAACGGUCACGCCUUCGAUGAUGACGAAGGCGAGGAUAAGCAUCCCACCACGAACGGUGUCAACGGGAACAAGCAGGGCAAGGUCAAAUUCAAUGAUGCUGGACCCGCGAAGCUUUCUCGCAAGGAGCACUUCCGCCAGCACCUGCUUCUACUGUGCGAGGGCCAAUAUCAAUUCCUGCGACACUGCGCAAUGGAACAAUGGACGGUUGAUUUCGAACCACUGGUGCGGUCUCUGCAGGUGAUGGAGCUAGAUACUGUCAUCCAGCGCAGUGUCGGCCAGACGGGGCUUCGCCUGGUACGCAUCCUGCGCAGGGUGGGAAAGAUGGACGAGAAGACUCUUCCGACGCUUGCAUUGCUACCCAAAGGAGACGUGCAGACGAUUAUGCUCAAGAUGCAGAUGUUGGGCUAUGUCGACAUGCAGGAGGUUCCUCGAGACAACAACAGGACGCCUAGCCGCACCCUGUUCCUAUACUGGACGGAUACCGGUCGUUGUCUCGACCGUGUGCUUGACAACACCUACAAGACCAUGGUUCGAUGCCUGCAGAGACUCGAGGUGCAGCGACAGAUGGAGGCCGACGUAUUAGAUCUUGUCAGUCGGGACGACGUGCGAGGUCGUGAAAAAGAGAUGAUGCAGGAGCGUUACUACAACAGAUUUGUACGAGUGACGGAGGUACAAGAGAAGCUCCUUGCUCAUGUCAUGAGGUUGGAUAAUCUCGUGGGAACACUGCGGGACUUCUGA